GUCACUUCCAGCUGAGAAGUGACAUUUGAGUAAAUUUUAAUCAGUAUUUUUGUAACAUUUAUAAACAUUAUAAUAACAACAUAAUCAUUACGAAAUUGUGUGUGCUAAAGACUGGUUAUGUAUACAGAGACGAUAAUAAAAAUAAAUAUUUCCAAAUAAUUUAUUUAUUGUGUAUAAUAGUUCAACAUCAAGUUUUUCCGUACAAUUUUUAAAAUGUCUCAAACUUUUAGCAAAAUAAUUCCAGUAACAAGUCCCAUAACAACAUCUUGUAUGGAAUAUGUACAUCCUUGGACUGAAAGUUGCGCUCAGGCUACUUGUGGUCUCUAUUUGUACUGUAUCUAUGAUUCCUUAAGAAUCUAUGGAACUGUUUACAUGUUAACAUUGUUGAUGAAGGGAAAGAUACCUUCAAAAGAAGAUUUGAAAAAAACUCUAUAUGGUAUAAUUCAGUCCACAGCUUUUCUCAGUUUCACAGGAUUUGGAUAUUCACUUUUUUUGUGUUUAUUAAGGAAAACUUUGGGCAACUUCAAUAUUUUAACAGUAUCUGCAGUACCAUCUUUUCUUUCUAGUGUUUUUUCAAUUUUAAUAGAAAGACCAAGCAGACGCAUCCUUUUGGCUCUUUAUGUCAGUAACAUAGCCACCGAAACGUUAUGGAAUAUGGCCAAAUCCAGAAAUUUAGUUCGAAGCAUUAAGCACGGAGAUGUGAUAAUUUUUAGUUUGAGCAUGGCCAUACUCUCUCUAUUUUUCAAAAGUGGUUACCAUAAAAAAUCUGAUGCUGAUAACAACCACGAAGAUGCAAUGUUCAGAAUAAUGAGGUUUGUAGUCGGACCUUACGAACAGGAAGGUUACACAUCUGGAGAACCGAACGGUUUUCACAGAAGAGUAGAUAAAGAAAACGGAUCUUCGGUUUCUCCUUCUUCUUCGCAAGUCUACAAAAAGAAAAAUACGAUAUUCCAUGUCGUUACUCAAAUGUUGAAGGUGUAUAGUAAUAUAAUUAAUAAAAUCAAGAGCUGUGAUAGAAGCAAUACCUGUCCGCAUCCUUUCAGUUGUCUGUAUUAUAUCACAGAGGGUACCGGAAGAAUGUUCUCUUUAGGUUUAGGUUUGCAAGUAACCCUAAAAUUAGUCCUAAAUUUAAAAAGGAUAUUUAUGUCGCCAACGACAAUAAAAAGCAUUUUAUUUAAAAGAGAAACUUUCAAUUUGCCCAUAUUCUUAGGAAUGUAUAAUUGUUUAUUUAGGGCGUGCCUUUGUAUUUUAAGGAGAAUAAGAGGUAAAGAUAGUCCUGUACAUGCUCUACCCGCAGGAAUUUUAGCGGGAUUAGCUUUCAGUAGAUAUCCAGAUUCCACGAUAGCUUUGUACGUUAUGUGGAAAGUGGCACAGGUGACAUAUAAUUUAGGAAUUGACAAAGGUGUUGUACCAAAGGUAUCUGGAUUCACAGAACUGCUAUACUGCUUUAGUACCGCCGUACUUUUCCAUGCAGCCAUAUUAGAACCAACAAAUCUUAGGCCAAGUUAUUGGAAAUUUUUACAUUCCAUUUCUGGUGGCAGGAUUGCUUGUAUGGCUAGAGCGCCAUUAGAUGUUUGGGGUUUGAAUUCGACCGAUUCGCUAAAUAAUGUUUUGAUGAAGACCAAAACUGUACCAAUUGUAUAUUUUUAGUAAAAACAAUCCGUCUGCUUAGAAAAUUUGUGUAUGUUUUAUGGUUUUUAUUAUUUUUUUUGUUAUUUUUGUUUGCAAGAAUAUAAAAAGACGUUAUUGCUACCAUUGGGUAAAAGAUAUAUUUUGGAAAAAUAAAUACAUUUUGUAUACA